ACGUCACUCGUUGCUUCAAGCCACAACCACCAAACGGUAGCAAAUGUACCUCAAAGUCUGUUCAAGAACGUUUUGUGGAAACGUGUCGUUCAGUACAAACCGUUCCGCAACGUAGCAAACGUUCAAGCGAACUGAACGCACAGGUCUAGUGUACCGCGGUCCCGCGCACCGUGUAGACAGCCAGCUCGAGCCUACCGGAACGGUGUAACGUUCUGAACGGUAAAGAUGGCAGAACGACAGCAGAAACAUGAAGGCGGCCGAGUGAAGAUCGGACAUUACCUCCUAGGAGACACUCUGGGCGUCGGCACCUUCGGCAAAGUAAAGAUUGGAGAGCACCAGUUGACAGGUCAUAAGGUGGCAGUGAAGAUCCUGAACAGACAGAAAAUCAGGAGUCUGGACGUGGUGGGCAAGAUCAAACGAGAGAUACAGAACCUCAAACUCUUCAGACACCCUCACAUCAUCAAACUGUACCAGGUGAUCAGUACUCCUACAGAUUUCUUCAUGGUGAUGGAGUAUGUCUCAGGAGGAGAGCUGUUUGACUACAUCUGCAAACACGGACGGGUAGAAGACAAAGAGGCUCGUCGGUUGUUCCAGCAGAUUAUCUCCGGUGUAGACUACUGCCACAGACACAUGGUGGUGCACAGAGACCUCAAACCUGAGAAUGUACUGCUGGACCAUUCCAAGAACGCCAAAAUAGCUGACUUCGGGUUGUCAAACAUGAUGUCAGACGGGGAGUUCCUGAGGACCAGCUGUGGAUCUCCCAACUACGCGGCUCCUGAAGUCAUCUCCGGAAGGUUAUACGCUGGUCCUGAGGUGGACAUAUGGAGCAGUGGGGUGAUCCUGUAUGCGUUGCUGUGUGGGACUCUGCCCUUUGAUGACGAACACGUUCCCACGCUGUUUAAGAAGAUCAGAGGGGGUGUCUUCUAUAUGCCAGAAUACCUCACUCGCCCCGUCGCUUCCCUGCUGCUGCUCAUGCUGCAGGUCGACCCGCUCAAGAGGGCUACCAUUAAAGACAUUAGGGAACAUGAGUGGUUUAAGCAGGACCUGCCAGGCUACCUGUUUCCUGAGGACCCUUCCUAUGACUCCACCAUACUGGAUGAGGAGGCAGUCCGAGAGGUGUGUGACAAGUUUGAGAGCACCGAGUCUGAGGUGAUGUCCAGCCUGUACAGCGGAGACCCUCAGGACCAGCUAGCAGUAGCGUACCAUCUGAUCAUAGACAACCGGCGCAUCAUGACCCAGGCCAGUGAGUUCUACCUGGCUUCCAGCCCUCCCCAGGGCUCCUUCAUGGAGGAUGGCAUGUCACUGCCACCCGGGGUCAAACCACACCCAGAGAGGAUGCCCCCCCUGCUGGUAGACAGCCCCAAGGCGCGCUGCCCGCUGGAUGCCCUGAACACCACCAGAGCCAAACCCCUGGCAGUGAAGAAAGCCAAGUGGCAUCUGGGCAUCAGGAGUCAGAGCAGACCCUAUGAUAUCAUGGCUGAGGUCUACAGGGCUAUGAGACAGCUACAGUAUGACUGGAAGGUGGUGAACCCGUACCACCUGCGUGUUCGGAGGAAGAACCCAGUAACAGGCAACCUGGUGAAGAUGUGUCUCCAGCUGUACCAAGUAGACAACAGAUCCUAUCUGCUGGACUUCAAAAGCAUUGACGAUGACAUCAUGGACGCAGUAGGGUUUAAGUCGGGCUCUUCCACCCCCCAGAGGUCAGGCUCCACUGCAGGGCUCCACAGACCCAGACUCAGUGUGGACUCAGCCUGUCCUGCCGUGGAUCUCCCCAAGCUCAGCUCCUCUCUGCCUGGGUCGCUGUGCUCCAGCGCUGCCCUCCUCACCUCCACCCCCACCCCACGCCAGGGCAGCCACACUAUGGACUUCUUUGAGAUGUGUGCCAGUCUCAUCACCACGCUGGCCCGCUAGAGAUGGUAAACCCCCGCUGGGUAACUAGGGGCCUGGAGUUUUUCCUGGUCAAUGUCAUAUAGCCCGGAAAACUCCAGGUCCCGCCUGCAUAACCAUCUGAAACAGAACACUGCCCUGAGCCUAUUUAGACAGUUUUAUAUUGGUGUGAUCCUGACCUAAUUUUGCAGAACACUGACUACUGCAGGGCAGACAUGCCUCUAACCACAGAUCUAGGGUCAGUUGUUCCCUCCUGGUGUUGUAGGUUUGGGCUAGGCAAGAUAAACUGAUCGUAGAUCUCUGAUUAGGCUUCCUGUCUGUCUAGAGCAGGGAUGGGCAACUUUGAUGGGGGUAGGGGCCACAAAAAAUCAGAACUCAUCAUUAGGGGGUGCGGUGGCUCGCGUGACUGCUUACCCACAUCCAUACACACACAUGCAGUCAGCGUUUUGGAGGCCCUAAGAAAGAUUUGGCGAUUUAUAAACAUUUUAGUUUAGUCUUGACAGCGGAAGGAAUUGAUCUGCGGGCCUACAAAAGUGGCCAUGCGACCCACGGGCCACCAGUUGCCCAUCCCUGGUCUAGAGCCAGUCUGCCAGAGCCAGUCUGGCCGUGGUAAAGGUUAGAGGUCUCACUUGUUGGGGAAAAGUGUGUUAAGUCAAAUCUACUGUAGCUCUCAUAUGGCACGUUCACGUGCAAGUCGAAACUAGGAAACUGACAUUUCUAACUGGUUGCAGUUAUGCACGUGCAGCGUUCAACCAGUUAGCAUGUCGGACAUUUCGGAGUUUCCUAGUUCUGACUAGCAUGUAAAUGCGGCAAUAAUGUUUGUUUACAGAUAAGCGACGCCCCCCUGACUACUCUCAACCUCCAAUCAGCUCCAGAAUAGCCGUCACUGUAGAACUAACACUGAGCAUUUUAUAUAUGGUUUUAUAUGGUUUUUGUAACGACACAGAUUUUGUUAUCCAUAUUUAUCAUAUAUAUUUAUAUUACUAUCACUUUGAGUAGUGUAGUAGCUGUUGAUUGUAACAUACCAGAAACGAAGUUAAAGAGAGGAUUGUUAUUAUUAUUUAGAUAUCAUAUUCUUAUUUAUUUUAAAAAGGUUGUUUUAUAGGCUCUGUGUGGGACUGAAUAUUGAGUAUUGAAGCACUGCUGAUGUUUGAGAAUUAUAUACGGAUUUAAGAGAUUUUAGGUGAUGAGAGGUUGUAGAGAGAGAGGGAGAGUGGAGGCUAACUGACUGGCAAUAUUGUUCUGUGGAUUAGUUAGUAUUGAUGCUAACUGACGGAGGAGGAGGGAGGGAAGUGUAUCUGUAGUGAACCUUUCUCCAGGUGCCUUAACGCGUUGUUUCUAGCUUGGUGGCGGUUUUGUUUGCAGAAACGGAAUGGCAAGCAGACUGUUCUGUGUGUGUGUACACUCCUGUGUGUAGAGGAGAGGACUGACAGGAGCUUGCCAGGGAUUGGUCAGGAGAAGACAUACAGUACUGUAGUUUCUGUGCCAAUGAGAUUAGAGUUCUGACUAAUAUAACUAAAGAUACAAGAGGAGAGGGAAUAGAUAUGACAGAACACUGGAACAAAUCUCCCUUUACCAAUUGUCAAAUGGUUUACAGUAUAUAGUCUUCCGGACUCCUGUCUGUGUCUCUUGUUCUGCUGGAGCCAGUGAGGGCUGGGCUCUUGCUGAUCUGAUGCAUGCUAGUGUGUGUGUAUUUCUCUGGUCUGUUCUGGUACCAUGAUGGUGGUCUGUUUGGUUUGUUAUUAAAUGUAGAAUCAUUUGUAUCUCUCUCUCUUUCCUUCCCUCCCUCUGGAGUUAUUGGUUUGUUGUGUAUAUUUGCAGUAGUGUGUGUUGCGCCGAGAGAAUUGUAGACCUCUAUUGGGCCAGUUAAAGAGUCAAAAAAGACACUAAACCUCUCUUGUUUCCUUGUCAUUUGUUUCCUUGUCAUUUGUUUCCUUGUCAUUUAUUUCCUUGUCAUUUGUUUCCUUGUCAUUUGUUUCCUUGUCAUUUGUUUCCUUGUCAUUUGUUUCCUUGUCAUUUGUCCUGUGCAGCAGUUCUGUUUUCACAUCUCUAUUCUGAGAGAGUAGUCUGUUUUUCUGAAUAUUUCGGGGGAUUCUACAAGGUGUCAAACAUUCCACAGGGAUGUUGGUCCAUGCUAAUGCGAUGGCGCCAUGCAGUUUCUGCAGAUUGGAUGCAGUACAUUCAUGCUGCGAACAUCCAUCUCAUCCCAAAGAGGCUCUAUUGGGUUGAGGUCUGGGGACUGCGCUGGUCACUCAAGUCAACUGAACUCGCUGACAAGUUCCAGGGGAUGUUUUUCUACUCCUCGGUUGUUCAGUGUUGGUUAUCGCGUACCCACCUGAGCCACUUCUUGUUUUUAGCUGAUAGGAAUGGAACCCGGUGUUGUGUUCUGCUGCAAUAGCCCAUCCGUGACAAGGAUCGACGAGUUUGUUUUCUGACCCACCUGUUGGCUUGCACGAUUGUUGCCAUUCUCCUUGGACCUCUCAUCAACGAGCUGUUUUCACCCACAGGGCUGCUGCUGACUGGAUGUUGUUUGUUUGUCGCACCAUCCUCUGUAAACCUUAGACACUGUUGUGCGUGAAAAGCUCAGGAGGGCGGUCGUUUCUGAGAUAAAGUCACUUAAGUCACUUGUUUUGCCUAUUCUAACGUUCAAUUGAACAGUAACUGAAUGCCUGUUUUUAUAUGACAAGCCACAGCCAUGUGACUCCGUGUCUGUAGGAGCGAUCAAUUUUUGUGAACUGGGUGGUGUACCAGAUAAACUGGCAUAUCCCAUAGUUGCGAUAUACAUACAUACUGAGGGUACAAACAUUAUGAACACCUGCUCAUUCCAUGACACACUGACCAGGUGAAAGCUAUAAUCCCUUAUUGAUGUAAUUUGUUGAAUCCACUUCAGUCCGUGUAGGUCAGUGGUCACCAACCAUUUCUGUAGGUCACCAACCAUUUCUGUAGGUCACCAAACAUUUCUGUAGAAAAUCCAGGCCUGAUUUUGUGUGUGUUGCGCUGUUGGUGAUAGGUGCUCUUGAUUCAAGCGGACCGGGAGAUCUGUUGCUAAAUCGAGUGCGCCUACUGUGCUGACAAUCGAAUAGCUCAAAUGACCGUAUAGAGCCUCCCUGGCCACAGUAAAAACGUUUGAUACUAGCCUCGGUAAGAUUGAAUAACUUUUAAAACCACGACCACAGAGGGGCUGUAAAAUAAUACAGCAAAGCGCUGCAGUUUUUAUGAGUGUGUUGGUUUUCAUUCAGCCCUGUCAACCCUGCUUUUAUUGAACACUAUUACAAAACAUAAAACGCUCCACUCGCGCUGCAAUUAGUAGCCAAGUGUAUUGAUAGUCCUGCGUUUUAUUAUUAUUAGCGUCGUGUCUAUUUAAAUAUCAAGGAAUAUUUCACUUUCUCUGGUCAUAGGAACCGCAUGAAUUUGUGCAUGAGGCAGAUGCGGCUCGAGUUUCGCCAUCAGGUGGAAGACGGUGUCUCUUUGGUCUGUCUCACCGAGAGCAGUGACCGUGAAAGGCGGACCCGCUGCGGCUCUCUUCCUCCCUCCACUGAGAAUAAUGCUCUGUUCAAGACAACUACUCUGGAAAAACGAGAUCCGACUAGGGAAAAUGUUUUUGAACGGUCAUCCAGCUCGGAAUUCCUAGUCGGAAACUCGCAUCUUUCUAGAGCUCCGACCUCAAGAUCACAGACGUCACGAUUUGACCUCGUUUUUCCCCCCUCGAGUUCACAGUUGUCUUGAAAGCACCAUGGACAUCAGAUGCAAGUGCUGUACCAUAUAAUUUAUGAUCAGCUGUGCCUUGCAAGUGCUGCAAAACUGAUAUGUUAUCAAAGGUCAAGUUUUGAAAUAUAAUAUGGUCUGAGAAGAACAAUAUUGGCAGACCAGCCAUAUAGCCAAUAUGCUGCGAUAAUGUAUUAGGCCUACUGCACAAACCCCAUUCCUAUAGAGCUGUUUUUAUUAGGUUGUUACAUUUUUAAAAAGUAAUGUAAUAAUAAUAUUUGAGCAGUAGAUCUUGGCUUGCUUUUAGUUUGCGAAAGUGAUCUUGACUCAAAGGUUGGUGACCACUGGUGUAGAUGAAGGGGAGGAGACAGGUUAAAGAAGGAUUUGAAGCCUUGAGACAAUAGAGACAUGGAUUCUGUAUGUGUGCAAUUCAGAGGGUGAAUGGGCAAGAAAAAAGAUUUAAGUGCCUUUGAACGGGGUAUGGUAGUAGGUGUCAGGUGUGUCGGUUUGUGUCAAGAACUGCAACACUGCUGGGUUUUUCAUGUUCAACAGUUUCCCAUGUGUAUCAAGAAUGGUCCACCACCCAAAAGACAUCUAGCCAACUUGACACAAGAAUUGGAGUCAUGGGCCAGCAUCCCUUUGGAAAUCUUUUGACACCUUGUAGAGUCCAUGCCCCGACGAAUUGAGGCUGUUCUGAGGGCAAAGGGGUGGAACUCAAUAUUAGGAAGGUUCUUAAUGUUUUGAACACUGUGUCUGAUUGGUAGCUGCUACAAGGUCAGGGAGAAACUCUCCUUCCUGCUGCUACACUAAUGCAAUGACCCGAUAUUCUGUUAUUUACACACACAUACUACUUCAAGUUAUAAAACCCACUCUGUCAGUGUAAGGUGUACCUCUUUCCAAGGGUUAAGGUGUGUUGUCACCGUAUCCAGACUUCUGGAACCAAAGUGUUCUUCUCUUCUGUCUAUGUGUGCGUGAGAGCGAAAUGUACCUCUUCCUCUCCGUCUGAGGUGUGCUUUUCUGUGUGAUAUGCAUUGCAUGGCGUUGCUGUUCUGAUUUGCACUUUACUGAGUAUUUAUUGUCAAACACAAUUAAACUGACCUAUACACUAGA